AAUGUAAUUUUGGAUAAUUGAUCAACAUGAUAGAAUGUGUUGGACCUGGCUCAUUAUGGAAUUCACCUUUUAGAGCUCAGGAAGACUUUGUUUCUGGUUUCUUUUCUGUGAAGACACACCCAGUGAUGGAGAAAAGUGAAUGGAAAGUGAAAGCUCCGAGGGAUUAAAAGAAGACGCCUUGGACAGUGAUAGACACCUGCCUCUCUGACUCUGAGAUAUGUGUGACUGCUUUGAGCUGGGACCUAUGACUGAGGACGAGGACAGGUUGGCGGUGGAGGCUCGCUUUGAGCUGGGACCUAUGACUGAGGACGAGGACAGCUUGGCGGUGGAGGCUCAAGUUAGAACUUUAAAUAUCUUGGAGGAUGCCCUGAACAAGAAGCAGUGGCUGCUGGCAGAGCCGGGGAGAAACUAUGGGCGGCGGGCAGCAGAUGUUCCUCUCAUCUGCCCACAGCUGGUAGAAGAUCUUAUUCAGACUCUGCAGCAGGUCCAGCUUCUCAAACACUACAAGACAAAGCUUGACGAUGGGGUCUGCUCAGUCUACCCCAUACCAAGUGCGCCAGUCAUUGGCUUAUGCAUGGAAUUUUGGAAAAGACAUGAGACUCUGUGCUUCUGCUCCUGCCCGGGGACACUGAUUGCGGCAGCUGCUUGUCUUCUGGGGUAUCAUGAUGUUGAUGAGAGAAGGUUCAGGGCUGAAAUGGAAGAACAUCAGAGACCUAAGCUAAGGGCCAGCCGUAUCUGUUCCGCGUUUGAGGUCUGGAUGAGUCACAAAGGAAAAUACGUCAGCGGCUCAUAUACCUGCUGCGGGGAGAAGUCCAUACACUCCGUCUGUGAGGACUCCGAUAUGAGGUUUUUUUUACUUUGUAUAAUGGACGAGGAGCAGAAUGACCUUGCAGAAACUUCUAGAAAGACGACUCUGAAGAUCCUACUUGAUGCCCGGGACAAGAGGCUGGUUGUGGACGAUGAAGGUCUGAUCCGUCAACGGCAAGCCGCGGUCACGUUUCCCCUGAUCACCAGGAACCUCCUAGAAGAACUAAUAAAAAAAACUGGAAAAGGUGACCUUUAAAUGUGACAUUAAGCCGAGAAACGAAGCGCUCAUGGCCUACCCCGCCGCCCAGGACAUCAUAUAUCUCUGCCCUUUCUUCUGGAAACAAAGUGUCCGGCUGCGUCCAGGAUCUCGCCUUGGAACGUUGAUCCUCUGUGCAGCCAAGAUGUUGGGCUACAGUCAUGUCCUUGGCGAGACAAGUCACCAUGAAGAACCCACGGGGCACCAGGAACGUCACCCAAUCACGGCCGAUGACAUUUGUAGCGCAUUCGAGAAUUGGAUGGUGCACCGGGCGCCGUACGUGGCAGGGUCCUACUCCUGCUGCGGGGAGACGGAUGAGCACUCUGUGUGCAGAGAAUCCUUCAUGGGAAAAGCGUUAAGUAGUGUUUGCCAGGAGCGACAGGAGGAAUAGAUGAGGACGACAACCUUCAUUACUGAGCCAAAGACCCCGUGGGCUGACCCUCCACGGCCAAUGACAAUGCCAUAGAGUAAAGGGAGACUGGAAAUUAAAGAUACCCUAGGAAAUCUCAGCUAGGGGGCGCAAUGCUUACGACAGACAAGCCCAACCAGCUUUUGAAGGUGCUGAAAAUGUUACUCGCCUCUCUCUGAGCCCAUUGGCUGUGACCCAGGGUCAAGGGCCCGUACAGUUAUUGGACAUCAUGGACUAGUGACUGAUGGGACUACCGUCACUUUAUAGCGCACACAGCGCCGCACCUCACUCAUGAUUGCAAACCUGAGCCCAUUAUAGUGAAAGGUACUGGGUUCAGGAGUGGGGCUGUGUAGGAGCAGUAUCAGAGGGAUUACGGGGCUUUGCAUAGCGCCAAAGCCCUAGACUAGGCAUUGUUGAUGGCAUAUCAUAUUGACAUGCCACCACUUAUAGUGGUUGGAAAACCCCUUAGUGACCACCCAUACGUGUUUUUACGGCGGCACUUCAGCCCAAGUUAGCGAUAAAAAUCAAUCGCUGUAGCUGAGGGCUUGGGGCAGUGAUCAGAGACCGUGACAAGCGCUCUCUGAUCACGUGAUCGCCGUGAUACACUAUCACGGCGAUCACAGAAAAUGCCGGCAGCGGAGCUGCCCGCACUAAACUUUCUCCCUCCUCAUGUAAGAGGAGGGAGAAAGUCUCCUGUUCAGCGAUCGGGUCCCCCAGCGCUUCUGGCUCUAAGCUGGGUCCCGAUCCUCAAACCCCACACCCCCUUACCCUCAAGAAAGAUGGCAGCGGCCGGGCGCAUGCGCAGACUGAAAGCCGGUCACCGCAGCUCACAGUAAGGUCUCUUUCCUCUGGAGAGGAGAGAGUUCAAAUUAUGCCCCGAUCGGGUCCCCCAGAUAUGUUUAAAUAAAGUUAUUAGGGCACCACCCCCCCCACAUGUAAUAAAAAAAAUAAUUGGCGCAGACAUGCGCACUGUUUACUGUGCUGAAGAUCUGCCUUCAGCACAGUCACCAUCAGGGACCAAUAAUAAUAAUGUGCUCUGUAGGAAAAAUAUGUCUUUAAAUUAAUACUUUUGUGUAGAAAAAUGAAAAUUUCAUUUUUUUUUCACCUUAGCAUUAAUUUCUUAAAAAAAACUAGUGGGUCAAAAAACUCAUUACACCUAUAGAAAAAUACGUUAAGGGACCUAGUUUUUAAAAUGGGUUCACUUUUGGGGGGUCUUCUGACACUUGGCUUGUUGCAGGAAAAAAUAUGUACUUCAAAAAUUUUAAAAUUUAUGUUAAAAUGUUAAG